UUGGAUGAUUUUUCACUAGCGGUUUUAGUCAGUCAAAAAAAGUUUGUAAAAUUAGUAAAUACUUUAAAAAGACAUGAUUGCAAUCCAUGCAAUUUUUUUUAAUAGAAAAUUACGUGGAUAAUGAACAACCACUGAGAUCGCAGUGAACUAGACUGUGAACCCAGCCAGAGUAGCAGCAGGAUGGGAGAGCUGGCGUAGCUGUGUUGAAGCUGAGACCUUGCUCUCACCCUCCUGCUACAUUCAGACCUCCUCGGCCUUUCAGAAGGCCACGACACCCACCGUUUAAAGGGGUGGAGGGCGGAGAGGGGCAUUUUGGGACACACCCAUGCUCUUACUUUGUGUAAAGAAGACCGCCAACAUGUCAUUUCUGUCACGCCAACAGAAUUGACUGGAGGAAACAAAGAGAGAGAGAGAGAAACCGGAAAAAUGUUCAGACAGGCAGAUACGUCAUCCAAGAGACGUCAUGGGGGCGGGCUGCCCUUGUCCCCGCCUCCCCCUCCCCAGGGUCGAAUCCGUGGUGUGGAGGUGGCACGGGGGAGGACGGGGUACGGCUUUACCCUGUCAGGCCAGGGCCCCUGUGUCCUGAGCUGCAUUCUGAAAGGAAGCCCCGCUGACUACAUGGGCCUGCGCUCUGGCGACCACAUCCUGUCCGUCAAUGACAUCAACGUCUCCAAGGCGUCCCACGAAGACGUGGUCAAGCUCAUUGGCCGUUGCACUGGCAUCCUUCACCUUGUGAUCGCCGAGGGGGAGCGUCACCGUGGUGGCCGUCACCAUGGCAGCCGACGAGGCGCCGGUGGCGUGGCGGCCGCUCACGUAGACUCGUGCUCCAGCGACGAGGAGCUGGGCAGUUUCCAUGACAACGGUGGCGGCGGCGUCAACAACAACAGCCACCACCACAAAGGAGGAUCCAGGGGAGGCUGGUUCAAGCCCAAACUGGACCACAAGGCCCUGGGCAUCAACAGGGCUGAAAGGGUAGUGGCAGAGAUGCAGUCGGGAGGGAUAUUCAACAUGAUCUUUGAAAACUCCAGCCAUUCUUCCAGCAGCUCUGAGAAAGAGCGAGUCAUCGCCCCCGGGCCUUCCUCCUCCUCCUCCAAGCCUCGCCCGCUCUCCGAACCUGAGUUCCCCCCCUACCGGAACUCCCACCCCCACUCCCGCAGCAACCCUAACCUCCUGUCGGAGGAGGAGAUGGCCAGGGUGCUCAACGACGACUCUGUCUUUCUGGACUCCUACCAGCACCCCCUCCACCACCACCAGGAGGACCAGGAGCUGGAGGUGGGAGUCGGGGAAAACUUUGCCCUUGAGCCCAGCGAAGGCAUCCUGAACGUGGGCAUGAUGGUGGGGUACCUGGGCUCCAUUGAGCUGGCCUCCACUGGAGCCAGUCUGGAGAGCGACAGCCUGCAGGCCAUCAGGGGCAGCAUGAGGCGGCUCCGUGCCGAGCAGAAGAUCCACUCCCUGGUGCUCAUGAAGGUGAUGCACGACUGUGUGCGCCUGGUCAGUGACAGGGGUCAGGUCCUGGCCACCUAUCCUGCUGAGAAACUCGCCUUCAGCGCCUGUUGCCCCGACGACCGCCGCUUCUUCGGGCUGGUUACCAUGCAGGCCACGGACGACCACGAGGACUGUCGCUACGGCAACGGGCAGGAGGAAGAGGGUGGUCUGAGGACUUCCUGUCAUGUUUUCAUUGUGGAUCCCGAUCUGUGUCACCACCAGGUGCAUGCUGGUGUAGCGAGGCAGUUCAGGUUUGAGUGUACGCCAGACCCAGACACCGGGGGCUGUCUGGAGUUCCCACCCACCUCCCAGCCUCUGCUCCAGUUCGUCUCGGUCCUGUACCGGGACAUGGGGGAGAACAUCGAGGGAGUGCGGGCUCGGGCCUUUGUGGAUCCGGACAACGACGCCCAGCAGAACCACAGCACCAGCAGCAACAGCGACAGCGGCAUCGGCAACUUUCUGCCUGAGGAGAAGAGCAACAGGGUUCUAUUGGUGGAUCUGGGAGGCAACGCCCACAGCCCGGGCGUACGCCACUGGGACAGCCCCCCUCCCUCCUCGCAGGCCUGGGGCCCCGCCCACCAGGGUGGCGGCCCCUCCCUCCCCCCGCCCCCUCCACCCUUGAUCCGAAACGGCUACCGCCACGACCUCCACCUGGCCGACCUCUCCCACCCUCACCCCCUGCCCCACCCCAACCCUCACCCGGAGCCCUCCGGCAGACACCCCCCUCGGGGAGGGCACCCCCACCACUACCCCCCGGGGAAGAGAGGAGGAGCGGGUGGAGAGAAGAGAGGAGGAGGAGGAGGAGGGGGGGGAGGAGGGGAGGCUUCCUCACAGAGGUGGCUGCCUGUCCACGUGUUGAGAGACUGGCGUCAUCAUCCAGGGGGAGGAGGAGGAGGAGGCCUGGGCCCAGGACUGAGCAGCGACCAGGAGUCCUAUGCUGAGUCCACAGACGGCUGGUCCUCAGCGAACUGCAGCACCCUUCCGCCACCCAUGAACAAGAUCCCUGCCGACCGCUACCGUGCUCCGCUGCCCGGGGGGGACCUGGCCCAGCCACACAGGCUCACUGCACAGAAGGACGAGUGGGCCAAGAAGCUGUUUGGGGCUGGGGCCGGGGCCGGGGCUGGGGCCGAGAAAGGAGCUAGGAGUCAAAACAAUGGGAAGAAAAGAGGGAGCACGAAAGAUGGAGACAAAAAGGGCGGUCGUUUCCGGGGUCUGACCAUGGGCUUCCCACCCCUCCCCCAGCGCUCCUCCGGACGACGUUCCUUCGGACGCUCCAAACGCCUCAGCUUGGCACGCUCCCUGGACGACCUGGAGUCUGCCGCACUCUCAGACGGAGGUGAGUACAAACACGACCGUCUAUCUUCCAUCCCCCCUUCUCCUCUCUCCCCAUUCUCCUCUUGAAUGUCCUCAGUUUAGUGUUGAACUCUGCUACAGCUGAUUGAUCUGCAGUCCUGGGCCUUCAGUGUGGCCAGCUGAAGGUGGAGGUUCAGACCUGCAGCAGACUUUGUUGUCUCACUGUGGAUUGUCUGUGCCGGGUGUUGUGGCUUUCAACCCUAAGCUACCUACACACUACAUAAACUCUCACGCUUUCUCACUCUCUUUCUCCCAUUAACGCGUACACACACACACACACACACACACCCACACACCUAGGGCUAGUCUGGUUGGACAUGCUCAACAUUCUCAAGCCACACCUCUGCAGUGUUAGCUACGCUGCACCAUGAAGGCUGCAAGCCAACCUGUGUUGUCCUAGAGAGUGUGUGUGAAGCUUGUAGGCACCACGUCGUGGGAUGAUCCAGGACUGAGUAGCUGCAUGGUCGGGCUGAGUGAAGCCCGUGUCAUUGGGUGAGGUUAGAUCACGCUGCUAUAGUUGUUGCGUAGAAGGAAUCAAGCCUGUGUAAUUGUACAUUUGAACUGUCUUCUCUCAAGGAGGAAUGGUGGUAAAAACACACACACACACAGUUCUCCAGGCGUCUCAAUUAGCAUGUGCUAAUGUUAGCACAUCACUUGGUGGCCCGGCUGCGUUAGCAUGCGCCAGCGUUGUUUUAACACUUGCAGAAUGCUCGCUCCACUCAGUGAAAAAAGAACUGAGACAAGGAGGAGGAGAGAAGAGGGGGAGGAAGACUAGAGGGAGCUGAGGAGGGGGGAAGUCUGUUUAGGACCUCCAAUUCACACUCAUUCAGUCUUGUCGGUGUGUGUGAGUGAAAAUGUGUAGGCCCAAUGUUGACCUGACCAAUGAGCGUCCGUGUAUGAGAGUUUAAAAAUACCAAAUGUUUGUGUUUUCUGGGCUAUGCAUUGCCAAGGAAACCCUAUAUCUCUAAGCUUGUGUGCUAGUAUUUGACCGAAUGCAGGCCAAUCCCUGGCCCUGGAAAUGGCCCUCAUCUCCUUCUCUGAACCCUCAUUAAUAAUCCAGCCUGCUGUGUGUGUGUGUCUGAGUGCAUCCUUGCGUGCACCUUUCCCUCCUCCCCUCCACUUCAAUAAUUCACCAGUCACAGCCCUGUGUGCCUGUAUCCACUUACCCCUGUGGAUGUGUGUGUGUGUGCUUCCAAACCGUCGCCAUUCGCGCCGCGUCAGCGAGAUAGGUCGUCGUCGUCGAAGCCGGUUCUCUCCCUCCGCCGCUCUCCCUCUCCAUCUCUGGCUGGUUGUCUCUCUGUCUCUCUGGUUGCGAUGGGGGCUGGCAGUGCGGAGCCCGGGCCCUCUGGCAGCAGGCCCUCUCACCCCGUCUCCGGGUGGGAAUGAGGAGGGGGGCCCUCUGGGCCGGGGCAGCAUGGAAGGGGGGGGUUGGUUCCCUCUGAGGGUCCGCUAUUUACCCAGGUGGCAUCACACCGGCUCCUACCAGCUGUACCCAGGUAAGACCCCCCCCCUCCUGCAGGGACAAGGCCGAAGGCCCGGGAGGAACGGGAGUUUCUAGAAGGGCCUGGAGGGUGUCUAGGUGUGGUCACUUACAGUGGGAUUUACUGUCUACUACUCUGAUCAUACCUUUUCAGGUGUGCCUAGUUUCUGUGGUUAGUAGAUUAGCCACCAUUCUGAAAUUGUGAAAAGUUGUUGGUUUGACAGUUAGAGCUGGGGCAGUUGUUUGGGCUCAUCGACAGAAGGGAUUUGGCUCCAAACAUGGUCACUAAAGUGCUUUAGAAACAAUACUGUUGCCAUUGAAUAUCAUUAACAAGAAUCUCCCUAAAGUUAGGUGUCUGAACUUUGAACACACUUUGGGCUACAAGUAUUAUUCAUUAGGUAACCAAACACUGCAAAGCCUUCUCAAAAUGGCCGGCUUUUCCGCUGGCUCAAAUCCUUGCUUCAGAAUGGGCAACCUGUUCUUGUUCUACU